AUGGCUCCCGCCGGUAACCUCGGGGCGAGCGGCUCCUCCACGCCCGCCCCUCACGGUGCCAACGACAACAUCACCCGUUUCUCCGCGCCUAGCCGCCCUCUGAGCCCUGGCCCAGAGCAUGCUCUGUUCAGCAACAAGACAAGAUGCCUGGUUUACGGUCUGCAGAACCGUGCCGUCCAGGGCAUGCUUGACUUCGACUUCAUCUGCAAGCGGACCACUCCCUCCGUCGCUGGUAUCAUCUACACCUUUGGCGGCCAGUUCGUCAGCAAGAUGUACUGGGGCACCAGCGAGACCCUUCUGCCUGUCUACCAGCAGUCGGCCGCUGCUCUGGCCAAGCACCCCGACGUUGACACCAUUGUCAACUUUGCCUCCUCCCGCAGUGUCUACAGCUCUACCAUGGAGCUCAUGGAGUUCCCCCAGGUCAAGACCAUUGCCAUCAUUGCUGAGGGUGUCCCUGAGCGUCGCGCGCGUGAGAUUGCCCACGUUGCCCGCAAGAAGGGCGUUACCAUCAUUGGUCCCGCCACCGUUGGUGGCAUCAAGCCCGGCGCGUUCAAGAUCGGCAACACUGGUGGCAUGAUGGACAACAUUGUUGCUUCCAAGCUCUACCGCAAGGGUUCCGUUGGUUACGUCUCCAAGUCUGGAGGUAUGUCCAACGAGCUCAACAACAUCAUUUCGCAGAACACCGACGGUGUCUACGAGGGUAUCGCCAUUGGUGGUGACAGAUACCCUGGUACCACCUUCAUCGACCACAUGCUCCGCUACCAGAACGACCCAGGAUGCAAGAUCCUGGUUCUGCUCGGAGAGGUUGGUGGUGUCGAGGAGUACAAGGUUAUCGAGGCUGUCAAGAAAGGCGUCAUCACCAAGCCCAUUGUCGCGUGGGCUAUCGGUACUUGCGCCAGCAUGUUCACCACUGAGGUCCAGUUCGGCCACGCUGGUUCUUUCGCCAACUCCCAACUCGAGACUGCCGUCGUCAAGAACAAGAUGAUGAAGGAGGCCGGCAUCCACGUUCCCGACACUUUCGAGGACCUCCCCGCCACCAUCAAGACCGUCUACGACAAGCUCGUUGCUGACGGCACCAUCGUUCCCGAGCCCGAGCCGGUUGUUCCCAAGAUCCCCAUGGAUUACUCCUGGGCCCAGGAACUCGGUCUUAUCCGCAAGCCUGCUGCCUUCAUCUCCACCAUUUCCGAUGACCGUGGCCAGGAGCUUCUGUACGCUGGCAUGCCCAUCUCGGAUGUCUUCCGGGAGGAUAUUGGCAUUGGUGGUGUCAUGUCUCUGCUGUGGUUCCGCCGCCGUCUGCCCACCUACGCCUCCAAGUUCUUGGAGAUGGUUCUCAUGCUUACUGCCGACCACGGUCCUGCUGUGUCUGGUGCCAUGAACACCAUCAUCACCACCCGUGCGGGCAAAGACCUGAUCAGCUCCCUUGUUGCUGGUCUCCUGACCAUUGGUUCUCGUUUCGGUGGCGCACUCGAUGGCGCUGCCGAGGAGUUCACCAAGGCCGCUGACAACGGCCUCACCCCUCGUGACUUUGUCGACACCAUGCGCAAGCAGAACAAGCUGAUCCCUGGUAUUGGCCACCGCAUCAAGUCUCGCAACAACCCCGAUCUCCGUGUCGAGCUUGUCAAGGAGUACGUUCUCAAGAACUUCCCCAGCCACAAGCUGCUCGACUACGCCCUGGCUGUCGAGACCGUUACCACGUCCAAGAAGGACAACCUCAUCCUCAACGUUGACGGCUGUGUCGCUGUCUGCUUCGUCGAUUUGAUGCGCAGCUGUGGCGCCUUCUCCUUGGAGGAGGCCGAGGACUACAUGAAGAUGGGUGUUCUCAACGGUCUUUUCGUUCUGGGUCGCAGCAUCGGUCUGAUUGCCCAUUACCUCGACCAGAAGAGACUGCGCACCAGCUUGUACAGACACCCUUGGGACGAUAUCACUUAUCUGCUCCCCACCCUCGGCAAGACCGGCGGCCCUGGCGAGAGCAGAGUCGAGGUGGCCAUGAAGUAA